AUGAAUAUAACAACAAUAAAGUAUAUGAUGUUGAUAAAAGCAGAUGAUGAUGAAGAGAUAACAGUAAAUGAAAAUUCAGAGGUUUUAAAAGAGUUAAAUGAAAAGAUUAACUAUCUUAAAAAGAUUGUAGAAACAAAUAUCUCAGAAAAUAAAGCCAAAGAAUCUAAUUCUACUGCUGAUGGUGAUAGUGCAUCUAAAAGUGUCAAUAUGGGUGCUACUAGUAGCCAUAAUUCACAAUGUGAAAAUAAUCUAUUAUCAAACCCACUUUUAUUAUCUUUACUAAUGGAUGGUUCAAAAGACGAUUUAAUGAAUAAUUUUAUAAUUCAACAACAACUAACUAAUUUAGGAAGAGGUAAUGGUAAUUCUUCCUCUGCAGGAACGGAUCAGUUUUUAAAUAUGUACAUGUUGACAAAAAUGGGAAAAGGUGAAAGUAUAAAUCCAGCACUUUUAUGUAUGACAAACAUGGGUAAUCAAUUUAAAGAUAAUACUUCUAAUUCAACUGGUAACAAUAAUUCAUUAAAUAAUUUACUAUUAUUAAGUAGUUUAAUGAAAGAAGAAAGUGAUCCAUUCUUACUACAAAUGUUACAAAAUCAAUUAAUCAAUAAAGGUGGUAAUUCUUCUCCUACAGGAAAUGAACAGUUUUUAAAUAUGUACAUGAUGUCAAAAAUGAAGAAAGGGGAAAGUAUAAAUCCAGCACUUUUAUGUAUGAUUAAUGGUGGUAACAUGAAUAACAUAACUGGUCAAAAUAAUUCAACAUCUGUAAACGAAUUGUUUAUGAUAUUAUUAAAAGACAGUAAGAAAUGCUUAAAUUGUCACUUGUGUAAAAUGAAUCAAGAAUGUUUUACAAAGAAGUUGUUAGAAAUUGGAAGUUAUGCCUCAGUAAAUGAAAUACCAAAGAUUUUACAAGAAAUUAAAUCUAAUGGGUUUUUAAAUGCUACAUUUAACAAUCUAAGAAAAAAGAUAGGUACUUUUAAUGAUUGUCCAAAAAGUUCACAAUGUAAAUUAUGUGAGAUUAAAAACACUCCUAUUAUGAUGCAAUUACUUUAUUAUCCAACUAACAACAAUCCAUUAUUUGGUAGUUUUUUAAACAAUGAUGAAGAUGGGUAUAAUGGCUUAUUCCCAUUAUUUUCUAAUCCAUCCUUUAAAAAGAAUAGCAGUGAUAAACCUUAUGAUAAUUAA